CAAUAACUUUCAGCUUUCGUAACUGAUGAUUACAAAUUUCCCAGAAAGUUAGUGACAAUCUACUGCCGCAGCUUGUCGACAACUUGCUGCGAAAAUUAAAGGCAACUUUCCGUCAACUAAUGGAACGGCCAAAUUUUGCCAUCAAUAUUCUCAGAAAAAGUUGCCAUCAACGUGUGGGAAUGACAACUUUUGCAGUCAUCUUGGCUAUCAGGGUUACUUUUGGGUUACGUAGUAUGAAUUUCCGGCAAGUAGCCAUUAUAACAUAUUGAGAUAAAAAACGCAUACGUUCAUUUCUUUGUGCAAAGUACAGUGGUACGUUUUAUAUUGUAGAUGUAAAUAACGAGUUGAAUUUUUUUUACUUGUAUUGAAAUUAUCUGAUGCAAUGGAAGAUUUUCGAAUUGUAAAAACAAAUUCUAUAAUUGAAGAACGGAAAGGUAUAUAUGAAUGGAAAAUAACUCAAUUUUUUUCAAUGAUGCGAUUUUCCACGAACAAGAAAUACAACAGCACAAUCCGAUCACCAGAUUUUUCUACUAAUAAUAAACAUGGUGAUAGUUCGUGGUGUUUACAAAUGAAUCUUAGUAAGAAUAAUGACAGUUAUGAGCAAUGGUUUUCAAUAACUUUGAUAUAUCAUGGUGGUCCGCAAAACUUAAGAGCCAAAUAUUCGAUAUGUAUUAUUGAUAGUGAAAAAAACAAACAAUGUGAACAAGAAGGAAGUGACAUUUUCGAGAAAAAUGUAGGGUAUAAUAUCCUGCCGUCUGUUAAGGUGGGGGAACUAUUUAAAGAUACAAAUAAAUUAGUACCUAGUGAUACAUUAACCGUAUCCUUUGAACUUACUGAAUUUAUUGUACGUUUUCACACUAUUCCACCCAUCACUAAACUUCGAUUAAUAAAAUCGAAAGAAAUUGUUGACGAUUUGGCAGCUCUUUUUCAUAGUAAAGACGACAAUGAUGUUGUUUUAGUUGUGGGUGAUAAAAAAAUUCCAGCUCACAAAACUUUACUAAUGAAUCAAAGUAAUGUAUUUCGUGAAAUGUUAUGCCACCAGAAAAACAACAAAAAUGAAGUAAAAAUUCUUGAUAUGAAUUCUGAUUUAUGUGAAAAACUAUUAGAAUUUAUUUACACGAACAAUGUGACUAAUGUUGAUGAAGUUGCUGGACGUUUAUACGAAGUGGCAGAUAAAUAUCAGUUACCAGCUCUUAAAAAGUUAUGCGAAGAAUCAUUCCGUAAGAACGUAAAUGUUGAAAAUGCCGUUCAAUAUCUUGUUUUACUUAACCGUCAUAAUGCUAACGAAGACUUCUUGAAUUAUAUAGCAGAUUUCAUUGCAAUCAAUUCAAAGAUAAUUACCGAAACUGAAGAAUAUAAAGCAUUACUAAACACUAAUCCAGCAUUAUUGUUAACUGUAACAACAAAAAUUUGCAAUCUUCGAAAAAAUAGAAAGAUCAACAUCUUGGAAAAUCAAUACUGCAACAUAAAAUGGAUGUUUUUAAUCUUAUUAUUAUCAGUUCUAAUCCUUAACUUUGGACUUAAUUUAAAUCUUUCUACUUUCUUUUCAUCAUUACUUUCAUUCUAAUAAUAAUUUACAAUAAUUAUUAUAUCAAUUAUAUCAAUGCACUUAAUAUUAUCUUUGCUAGAUCAUGCUCAAAAAAGAUUGUUCUAUAAAAAAAAAGGAUUAUUUUGUAUUCUUAAUUUUUCAAUAAAUACUCAUCCAUAAAAAAUAAAUCAUCACUACAGUUGAGUUUGAAUAGAGAACAAGUUCUUUGAUAUUUUCAUUUUUGCUUAUGAUGGAUGUGAAAAAAAAACAAGAACUGAUCCUCGUGUUACAUAAAUAUCUAUUGAUUUACAUCCGUUAUCAUUAAAAGAUUCAAAUUUUAUUAUGGAAUGAAAUCUAUAAUACUGAAAUUAGCCGACUACUAAAAUUUUUUGAUUUUUAUUUAAAAACUCAUUGAUUACAAACACUUAAUAAAGUAUAUAAUUGUAUCAAACUGAUAACCAUUUAGCCUCAUGAAAUA